AUGGCUUGGGCUAUUGCUCAAAAACAGGAUAACCUAUGGGUUAAGUGGGUGCAUGCUGUUUAUGUUAAGCAAAAAGAUUGGCUGGUGUAUAGACCCUCUGUAGCUGCAAGUUGGGCUAUAAAGUACAUUUGCAAGGUCCAUUGGCAUUCCUAUGUGUUGAAUAGAUUUACCCUCCCUAAACACAGAAUAACCUUAUGGCUUGCACUUCAAGACAGACUCAGGACCAGGGAUAGACUUCAUACCUAUGGUGUCAUCAAUGAUGAUCAAUGUGCUCUGUGUGGCUUAGGUACAGAAACUUGUACACAUUUGUUUUUCUCUUGUCACUACAGUAAAGAGUGUUGCUCUUUGGUUUUACAGUGGUUGGGGUUUCACAGCUCUAGGACUCAACUGUCUGUUUUGCUGAAAUGGCUCCACAAGUACUGUAAGAACCCUUUCAAAAGGAGAGUUGCUUAUGCUGUUGUGGCCAGCAUUGUGUAUCAGAUAUGGAGAGCAACAAAUCUGGCUAUUUGGGAACAGACAGUUCCUUCUAUUGUCAACACUGUGAAAUGCAUUCAGUAUACUGUUACGCACAGGAUCUUAAGUAUCCUUAGUAAGAAAGUUAGAACUAGAGAUAGGGAGUGGCUUCAUUCUCUGUAA